AUGGACGAGAAAACCCUACUACCCACGACAACACCAACCACUAUUAAUUCGCCUAUUCCAUCCGAAACCACCAACAAGAACGACAACAGUCAAAAUGGCCGCGAUAAACACGCCCUCCGUCGCAUCCUCGUUGCCGUCUGCCUGAUGGUAAUGGUAUGGACCCUUUGCGGGCUCGAUAUGGAUAUGGACCUCGAUGACAGCGAUGGCCUAUCGGAAUGGUCGCUCGUAGAUCUAUCAACCAUCAACGCCAUUGCCAUACCGCCCACCACCAAUGCCGAUGUGGGCGGUGACACUACUGAACACGAACCGGUAGCCCUUGAGGCGCAUAUCAUGAGCAAAUGCCCCGACGCGCGAGACUGUCUUAGGGAGUUGGUUCUGCCUGCUAUGCAGAGGGUUUAUACCAAGGUCAACUUUACCUUGUCGUUUAUCGGAACACCGACCAACAGCGAUGAUGGGGUUGCUUGCAAGCACGGUCCGGAAGAGUGCCUUGGAAACAUCAUCGAGCUUUGCGCCCAGAAGCUGUACCCCGAUCCCAAGAUCUUCCUUGGCUUCACUAUGUGUUUAACCAAGAACUACGAUGAGAUCCCUCAGCGCAGCUUGAUCGAGGACUGCGCGCUCGAGCACGCCAUCGACUUUGACAAGCUCAACCAAUGUGCUACCAAGGACGACGGUGCCUUGGGCAUGGCUCUGCUCAAAGACAGUGUCAAGAGAAGCGCUGAUGCCGGCGUAACGAAGAGCUGUACCGUCCGCCUCGACAACGAGAUCUUCUGCAUCCGCGACGGCGGUCAGUGGUCUGACUGCCCUCACGGCUCCAGCGUUAACGACCUAGUCCUGGCGGUGGAGAAGCUGUACGGACGUGAGAACUAA